ACUUGCAAUGGAGAAGUUCAACUCGAAAGAGUUCCCAUUUGCAUACUUUUCUGACAAAAAAUAUUUUGAAAUUCUUAAAAAAUUUAAAGUUUCCGAGUUGCAAAAUUAUUUGAAGAAAAAUAAAAAAUUUAAAAGGAAGCGAGAACCUCGAGUCUGCAUAAAUUGGACCACCUGUCAAAAAAAAGUGCUGGAUCACGUAGACAACUUCCUCUCUUCAAGUGAUUCUCAGCCAAUUUAUUUCAUUCUCACUGGCCAAGCAGGUAUGCAUAAGUAUUUAUAUUCGCAUUGCAGUUUAGUAAACUGGUUGGAUUUUAGGAACGGGAAAGAGUCAAGUUUCGCGUGAGAUUCAUGAAAAGUUUGAAGAGAAAGGCUUAGGGGUAGUAGCAUGUAGCAGUUAUGGGAGUAGUAGCAAACAAUUAAUUAACGGCAGAACAAUAUGGAGUGUUCUUCACAUACCUUUUUUCAAAUCUACAAAUUUUGAGUCACUUGCUCUUCGACUAAAAAAAUCCCCCAAAUUAAUUAAAGAAUUUGAUAAUGUUAAACUCUUGCUUAUUGAUGAAUCUAGUGUGCUCAGCCCAUCAUUUUUUAAUUAUAUAUCUCUUGCUCUCUCAAUUAAACUUGAUAACCCUCUCCCUUUUGCCGGACUCAGUUGUCUUUUGGUCUGUGAUCUUUCACAAAUGGAACCAGUGGCAUCUCAUAAUCUUUGGACGCCUACAGAAAGGUUGAGUUCUUUUGCAAAGCAAGGGCAGGAGCUGUAUAGGCAAAAAUUUACAAAAAUUUUCGUACUUAAAACUGUCAUGAGACAAGCAAAGGAUCUAGUUUUUCAAAAGCUUUUAUUUAACAUUAGAAGAAAGAAAGUUACAGAGAUGGAUAUGUUAUUACUAAAAAGUCGCUGCAAUUUAUCAAAAGAGGACAGAGAGAGAUUUUCUUCAUCCAUUCACAUACUCCCUUUAAAUUCUCAGAUUAGGAAGGUAAAUAUUAUGAAAUGUAGCUCUCUUGGCUAUCCGUUAGUACAUCUUAAGCCGCAUCAAACCCCUCCAACCCCCAUAAUGACGGAGGAGGAACUCUGCUUUCCAAUUUGUUUAAAUGCUUCAAUUCUGGUCCAACGCAAUUACCAUUUGGGUCUUGGCAUUUCCACUAAUACGGUUGGAAAAAUUAAGGGAAUUUUAUUUAAUCCAGAAAAUUUGACAAAUCUCCCAGCAGUUUUAAUGGUAGAGUUUGAGGGCAUAGAUUUGCCACAACUCCAGGGCCUAGUUCCUAUCGUCCCUAUAGUGGAGACAAUUAAGCAUCCAGAUUAUGAUAUUUCAUUCAGCGUCUCAUUUUUCCCAAUUAAAUUGGCAUAUGCGAUUUCAAUACACAAAUCCCAAGGAAUCCCAAUUUGAUACAGCUGUCGUUGAUUUGAUUGACGAAGAAUUAUUUCCAUCUCAGUCUUACGUACAGCUAUCGCGAGUCACGUCUCUUGAUUCAUUAUAUAUUAAAGGGACAAUUUCUGACUCUAGAUUUACUCAAUCUAGAUUUUUCUCAGGGUUUAACGAACUGGUAGCAGAAUAUAAAAGGCUAAAUAUUUAUCAAGAUAUGCUAUGCCAUACACAAACUGAAGAACAGACGGACACUUAAAAUUGGAAUGGACGUAUUGACUAAAAAGCUGCGCAAAUUUUUUGUGCGAAAAGUUACAACAGAAUCACAAGGGUUUCAGCGAAAGUGUUUUGUAUGCAAGAAGCAGAAGCACUUAAAAAUUGAAAAGACAAACACAAAUCUGGAUUAUCUAGUUCUUUGUGAGGUUCGUGUCAGGUGUCGAAAAUGCAAAGUUCAAGUUCUUUACCACAGCUCGCUGCUCCAAUAAUGGAAGAAGAGACCACCUGUCCCAUUAAACCAAUAAUUUAUGUGGAACGAUACGAUAAUAAAUGGGGGCGGAAAGUAAUCCAGCGUCGGCUCUGCUGUCCAAUCUGCCCUGAUGUUUCGUUCACACAAUAUAAGCACUUUUCUUACCAUCUUCAAAUUAAGCAUGAAUGCAAUUGUUGUGCAAGUUAUGUGGGUGACAUAAACUUACAUCUUUGUGCCCCAGUCCAAACCGGUUUUGGACAACAACAACCAAACGAGCUUGCUCUUCAUCGUUUUCAUUUAAUUGACAGUGCAUUCAGAGGAAUAAUUCUCACCUACAAAUGUCAAUUUGAUGAUGUAGUACUCGGAUCAGUCUCAGACACAUUUGAAUAUGUAUAUGAUGAGGUGCAAAAUAUUUUAACCCACGCAUUGUUCCGUCACAAAAAUAUAAGGAUUUCGAUUUCCCUUAACGUGACGCUCGAACACAUCAUUAAAAAAAUGGAGCGAACUGUUUCUUUAUUCACCCCAUUUAAUCGCAUAUUUAACCAACAUUACAUUCUGGAAACUAUGCGCGCAUGUGCGGACUAUCUGGGGACAAGUUUGGAACUCUAUUGUGAUGGCGAAAGUGGUUAUUCCCUAGUAUCUAUCAAUUUCCUUGAAAUCAAAAUUGGAAAGUACAAGACGGGAAUUGCCAAAGGAUUUAUUCCCUUGCCGAAAGAACUUUCCGCAAGACAUUUCCUGAACAUUAAGUCUUCAGAUCCACAAGACGCUCUAUGUUUUGUACGCUGUAUACUAGCUGGGCUUUACCGAUCACAAAUCUGCCUACCAGACGCGCCAGGAAAACAAUGGGAUGAUUUAGAUAAAAAUCAAAAAGUACGACUCAAGAGACUAUGCCAAAAUUCAUCCUCGUACGAACACAUGAUUCGAAAAUUCAGUGAAACAAAAGAAAUAGAUUUUUCAGAUUGUUAUAAUGGGGUCAGCUUGGAUUUAGUUUCCACUUUCUUGGAUAAAAAUCCAUCAAUUUCAGUCACUAUUUUUAGCCAUGAUAAGAAAUCCAUUUUCCCUAUCCGCCCAGCUUCCGAAAUUCACUCCCGUCACUGCGACCUACUUUUUUUGAAAGAGCCCGUUAUAGAACCUGGUCACCCCAUGCCAACAAAUUUUCGCGACAUAAAGUAUCGCUACCACUAUUGCUUAAUUAUGUCCAUACCUAUCUCGAAUGCCUCUGCUGGCGGACAUCACAGAAAAGAAUUAUGCCAAUUUUGCUUUGGGACCUAUGCAAAUCUUGCACGGCAUGAAGAGAUUUGCAUGCAGAAAGGGGGAAUUCGCAAAGUUACUUUCCCGAAGGAAGACUUUUUUUCAUUCAAGCAUUUUAAAAGUUAUGAAGAGAUUCCCUUCAAAAUUUUUUUCAAGUUUCACUAUGCAAAUAUUCCUGCUGAUUACAUUAGUGAUAUUUAUCCAGGCGACCUUACUUUUACCAGCAUCCAUAAUAAUUUGGAAGUUUUUGGAUACAGUCUAUGUGUAGUUGGGGCUUUGAAUAAAGUGAAAAACCAAUUUCUAUUCACGGAUUCAUAUUUUGGAAAUAAUGCUAUAGAGUAUUUUUUGAAGCAAGUAUUUGCAUUAACGGAGGAAAUCAGAGAACGAGUUUUGGAAAUGAAAUGCCCUAUGAUUAUUUCACCCUUACAACAACUUGAGCACAAAUUAGCCACCCGAUGUCCUUUGUGCUCCGUAGAAUUCUCAGAAUCAUUCCCUAAAGCCGCUGACCACGAUAAAAUUACUGGGGCAUUUAGACAAACAUUGUGCAGGACUUGCAAUUAUCUCAUAAGACUCAAGCCAACACCUAUAGUUAUUGGUCAUGGGAUUGCAAAAAAAGAAUUGCAUAGUAUACUAACUAGUUUGAAAAGCGAGUGGGUGUCAAAAGCAAAAAUCAUAAUGAAAAGUGAGCAUGAAAUUCUCCUUCUGCAAAUCAUGGGGAUUAGAUUCGUCGACUUUCAGUUUUUUCUGGAUGCACAUAUGGAUCAAAUUAUUACAAGACAUUUAGGUGCAAAUCCAGUAGAAAACUGGCCAGACAGAUGUCCAUUAUUAUACGACUGCUACAAAGAAAAAACAGAGCAUGUGCCUACAUUAAUUCAAUCGCUAACUUAUCCAACCACGUUUUACACUGGGCCUGCCAGUUUAGAAUAUGAUGAGUUCCCCCAUCCAGACUACUUUGUUGAAUUAACCGGUUUGGAAGAAGGACAAGAUAAAUAUCUCAAGUCUAAGCAUGCCUACAAUUUAUUUGAAUGUAAAACUUUUCGUGACUAUGCCACAUUAUGUGGCACUUCUCAAGUUUUAUUACUUGCGGACAUCGUAAUCAACUUUAAUAACUUCACCAUGAAUAAGUUUGAACUAUGUUUCCUUCAUUACGUCUCACUCUCUUCUUAUGCAUGGGAUAUUUGCACCCGUAAAAUGCACCACGGGUUUCAAUUUAUCAAAGACAAGGAGAUGAUUGAAUUUUGUGAACAGAUUGGUGGGCCAUGUGGCAGUGUUUGCAGGCUUUUGGAAGCAAAGAAUGAGAGACUGCAUACAUUCACUACUCCCUCUGAGCGAUCACAGAUCCUAGUAGUUGAUGAGAAUGCAAUGUACGGCAAUAUAAUUUGCAAAAGCAAGAUUUGUCACUCAGAGUACGAAUGGGUGGAGGACUUGUCAACCAUUGACAUCGACAAUUAUGACGAAACUUCUGAUUUCGGUUACAUAAUCUCAGCAGAUUUAGAGUAUCCCCGUGAUCUAGCUUUAAAAUCAAUAAAUUUGCCAUUACUUCCGUAUCGCCGCAGUGUAAACCUUUCCGAAUUGUCAGCAAAAGAAAAGAAGGCAUGGGCUGAGUUGCAUGGUGCAGGAAAUACACGAGGGAUGGAAUCUCGAAUAAUCCUUGAUGUAAACGAUAAACCAAAUUACACCUGUGAAAUUGCUACAUUAAAAUAUUACAAGUCACGUGGAAUUAUCAUUCGUAAACUUAACAAAGCAAUUAAAUACAAGCAGACCAACUGGCUUGGAGAAUUUUAUGAGUUAGUUUCAAUGCUACGACAGCAGGCAAAAAUGACGAGAGAUGAUAUUGGAUACAUGUUUCUUAAGAAUAUACAAAAUCGGAUUUUUGGUUACCUGAUGUUGUCAUCCCAAAAUUAUCUAGAUGUGCACAUUGCAAGCACCUCGGACGAAGCAAUAAAAUUCCUGUCAAAGCAUAAUUUUAUGUCUUACAAGAUUUUAAAUAGGCAAGAUGGAAUUGUAAUGUUUCUUAUGAGGAAGAAUACAAUACAUUACAACAAAAAUCCAGCUGCAGCCUGUUUCAUUUUGCCUAGGGCGAAGCGAUCCUUAUAUUCAUUUCUGGAAGUAUUAGAGCGCAAUCUCGGCCCUGGCCUAAAAGUUGGCUUUUAUGAUACGGACUCAAUUGCUUGCCAAGUGGCUGAUCCACAUAAUAACUUUUUCGAAAGAUUAAAGAGAAUUCCAAACCUUGAUUACUCCGAAUUAAACCCUUUUCACUUUCUGUAUGACAGCUCUCAUGCUGGUGAGGGAGGGUAUUGGAAGGUUCAGACUAUGGAUGCGAUUGAGAUAAUUUCAUUACGAGGAAAAUCUUAUUCAGUAAAGGAGUUUUGCAUUAAAUGUCACAACACUGCUGAUCCGAGUUGUACGUGCUCAAGACGCAAAACUUGGUCAGGGUUUCCUGAUGCCAAAAAUAGAUUGACUCAUGAAAUGUACAAACAGUCCUUGUUUAACUCUCAACCUCAGCAUGUCGAUAUGAAUGUUCUCCAGACCAAUAAUCAUAAAUUGAAAAUAGUUAAAAAACGCUUCACAGCUUUAGGAGGAAUAAACACCAGUCGAAUAAUCCUUCCCGACGGAAUAAAUACCCUUCCAUUUGGGGCUCAUUGGAUGCAGCCUAUUCCUGAGCUAAUUGGAAUAGAAAAUGGAUCCCUUUAAAGUUGGAUUAAAUGAAGAAAUGCUUCAUUAUAAGGUGCCUCACCCAUUUACAGGACUUGUUACAGGAAAUCAAAAUGUGGGAAAAACGUUUGAAAUUUGCAAAUGGAUUUCAAACCGUGAAAAAAUAUUUGGAAUCAAGUUAAAAACUAUUUAUUGUUACGGCCAAAUGCAGCAGAAAUUGAUGGAAUUUCAACAAUCCAACCCAGAGGUAAUAUUUGUAAGUGACUGGAGAGAGGUGGACUCUCACAUCGACUCUACAAUUGGAAGUUUACUUAUUUUGGACGACUUGGUUGGUGUGUUUGAGGAUGAUGGUGAGGCAAUGAGAUGGCUCCGAGAUCUAUAUACAAAAGGAUCACAUCAUAAGUCCAUCACCGUUCUGACCACAAUCCAGAUUGCCUUCCCAAAAAAUUUCAGAGCGAUAAGUUUGAACUCAAAUAUGCUGUGUUUUUUUCCGAAUAGACGAGACAAAUCAUACAUAAAUUAUGUCAAUAAGCAGUAUGCUCCUGAGACACCAAGGUUUCUCUAUGAUUCACUCUCAGACGCAUCGCGAACUCCAUACGGUUACAUCAUCCUGGAUCUCCACCCAAAUACUCCGGAAAUUAUGCGAACCCGAAAUUUCCUAUAUCCUGAUCCUGAUAGUGAUAAUCUAAAAUUAUACUAUGUACCCGACGAGUAGAAUUUCAGAAAAUCUUAAAUUUCUGCAAGAUUGUAUCACUUUGGAUGCGAAAAAAUACAAACAGUUAAUUUCAAACUGUUCUUUAAGACAGGUUGAAACUAUUGUUGAAAUAUUAUGUAACCGGGAUAAGUUUUUGGGUAAUAAUAAAAGCAAAAGUAAAGUUUACUUUUGCAUGAACGAGUUCUACAAGAAAAGAGCAUAAGGGAGUUAUUUAGCAGUCGACGAGCUGUAAUUGUUUCAACCAUCGAAACCUGUUUAAGUUGCCUUGAGGAGGAAGCAUUAUUAUGUGCAUUUGACUAUGUUAACUCUGAGGGUAAUAUCGAAUGAAAAAUAUCUAAAGGCCAAAGAACUUGGAGUGUGGGACGAUCAUAAUAAAGAGAGGAAGAUAUCCUUGGACGGACAGUCUGGCAGUGGGUCAACAGAAAAGUGCAAGUGGAUAGAAUUUGAUACCA